UGUGGGAAAGAGCUUGUGUGGGGAGUAUGAAUGCCACGCUUUCUACGUAGGAUUCAGACACAAGCCGAUUCCACAGCAUUCAUAGAAUCACCAGUGGUUUCACAACCUUUUUCUUAUCAUCAAUUGUCUCUCUUUUUAUUCUCAUUUCCUUAACUCAGUAUCUGCCAACCAAACUGAGAUACAUUAGGAAUAGCAAAGGUGAAAAUGGCCAUGCAUCUGCAAGCAACAACAAUCAGCCUUAACACUGCAAGGUCCCCCCCACCUUCAUUAGCCCCAGCUACCAAUGCUGGCUUGAGACCACACUUCAACCCUUUGGCUUUAAAGUCAUCUUUCUUCUCUGGUUCCCUUAACCUCUUACUUCAUCCAAAUCAACAGCUUACUUCUGGAGCUGCCCGGAUUUCGAUGCGUGUGGCCUCCAAGCAAGCCUAUAUCUGUCGCGAUUGCGGGUAUAUUUACAAUGACAGGACCCCCUUUGAGAAAUUGCCUAAUAAAUUCUUCUGCCCUGUUUGUGGUGCUCCAAAAGGAAGGUUUAGGCCCUACGCUCCAGCUGUUGCAAGAAACGCAAAUGAUAAAGAUGUUAGAAAGGCACGAAAAUCCAAAAUCAAGAAAGAAGAAGCAAUCGGGAACGCACUUCCUAUUGCAGCUGCCCUGGGAAUUGCAGUGCUUGUGGGAUUAUACUUCUAUCUGAACAACAAAUUUUAGGCUGGAUUUUUUAUUCCAUUACUCUUUACGUCAGAAAAAAUAGACCACUAAUUUAUUCCUAUUCAUUUGAUUAUUUAGUUCAAUUUUCGCAUGGUUAUCUUAUUCCUUCUGUUAAAUAACCAACAUAUUUGAAUAGUACCACCAACAUAUAUAUAUUUUAUUUAUUUAUCA